CGCCGUCGCCGUCUCGCUUUUUUGCCCUCGGGCACCGACACUCGUUUCCUAGUGCUUUCCUUGUAUCGAACACUAUCUUCACGACGGCUACAAUGGCUAGCAAGCUUCUCAACCUUAUCGCCCUCUCCUCCCUCGCCGUCCUGGUCUGCACCUUCGGCGCGACCCCCGUCAACGCGUUGGCGACCGGCCACGACGCGAGCAUCUCUCGUCGCCACCAGCACGACAUCCUCGGCAAGAAGGCCAAGCGUGCCAACAACUCGAAGCGCUGCAAGACAAGGAGCUCGACCGCUGCCCCUACGUCCACUGCCGCUGCCACGACUUCGCACUCCGUGGUAACCACCACCCCGGAGACCACGAAGAAGGCGUCGACCACCAAGGCUGCCAGCCACACGAAGACCAGCAGUAAGGCGGUUACUACUACUGCUGCCAGCAGCUCCGGCUCCAGCAGCGGUAGCAAGGUUGGUGUCGCCUGGCCCAACGGCGGUGACAGCUCCCUUAAAUAUUACAAGACCUCCAAGACCAACUUCCUCUACACCUGGAGCCCUGAUUGUCCCGCCCAGGCAUCGAAGCUCGGCUUCGAGUGCAUUCCCAUGCUUUGGGGCGACAACCAGGUCGGCCAGUUCCAGUCCGUGGUGAAGGCCGGAUACGCCAAAUACGUGUUGGGCAUGAACGAGCCCAACGAGUCCGGUCAGAGCAACAUGAGCCCCUCGCACGGUGCUUACCUGUGGAAGACCUACAUUCAGCCCCUCAAGAGCCAGGGCUACGAGCUCAUCGCUCCUGCCACUUCUUCCAACCCCAACGGCCUGACCUGGGUCAAGAACUUCAUCGCUGCCUGCGACGGCUGCACGUUCGACGGUCAGGCUGUUCACUGGUACGACGUCAGUGCCCAGGCCUUCAUUGACUACAUCAACCUCUGGCAUUCCACGUUCGGCAAGCCCAUCUGGGUCACCGAGUUCGCCUGCCAGAACUUCAACGGUGGUGCUCAGUGCUCGAAGGACGAGGUGUUCUCGUUCAUGCAGACCGUCACCUCCUACAUGGAGUCUCAGGACUGGGUUGCUGCCUACUUCGCCUUCGGUGUCAUGCACGACAUGCAGGGCGUCAACACCCUCAACCAGCUCAUGGCUUCCAGUGGCCAGCCCACCGACCUCGGCUACAUGUACAUCAACGGCAACUAGAUUAAUGUCUAGACGACAGCCGCCACUGUACUGUAGUGAGGAGCGGUUUCCGCUGUUCAUACGGGACACUAUUUCCUGGACCCAUAUACCCCCGCCGACAUUCUUCUUCUUCGCUGGUAGUCCGGUAGCCCAUCGUGCUGGACAAGAUGGGCCACAUACUACACUCUGUUAACUGUGAUUUAUACCUUGAUAUCGAUAGUAUGGAUCCAAUCGACCAGCUCUUUGUCGC